GUUUUUCUGUGCUGUUCUGAGCAACUCUUGUUUUGCAUGUGUUUCAUGCUGAUAUGUUACAUUUAGUUAAAUUAGUUCUCAUAUUGAUCCCUUUUUGCAUAUUCGUGUUUUAUUGCAGGUAUUUCUUUGCCGUGUUGGCCAUCCUCACAGUUCUUGGAGUCCUGAAUGGUCUCGUACUUCUCCCAGUGCUACUGUCUUACUUCGGACCAUAUCCAGAGGUAUCACCUGUCGAUGGUCGUAGCCGGUUACCGACCCCAUCCCCAGAGGCCCCACCUCACGUGGUCCACUUUUCAGUUCGUCCUCACCACACCACCACGGCCACUAUCUCCGGUGCAGCCUCAGACUCGUCCGACUCGGAGUACAGCUCCAACACUACGGUGUCCGGCGUAAGCCAGGAGCUGCAGAACUACAACCUGCCCUCCCGCAGAGGGGCAACCCGAGCAGAGGAGCAGCAGUACCACCUUCAGACCAGCAGAGGCAGAGCAGGCAGGCCAGAGGAGGACAGGAGAGCAGGAUCAGGGCACAGGCGCUCAGGGAGACAGCCUGACCAUCCAGCCUAUGUGUCUUCGUCUGUCUCCUCUCAGGGUUGUGAUUCUGGGCCCCAGCCAGGAGCUACUCAGCGCAACAGCAGCAGGAACCCCAAGAGCCAGUUGCACUGGCAGGUCCCGCCCCCAGCCCGCCCGCGCAUGGACGCUUUUGAAACUGCUACUGAGGCUGGGGGCCAUUACGCCUCACACGGCCAUAGAGAACACUCAGCAGGCCACAGAGCCCGCUCUUCCCACAACCCACAACCUAAUCACCACCUCCCACACCACCACCCCAACCCUACCCCAUAUUGCCAACCCAUCACUACGGUAACAGCGUCGGCCUCCGUCACCGUUGCCGUUCACCCGGCCCCCUUGUCCAACCAGGGCCCCCCCACUUCCUCUUACCCAGGGUACACUGCAACGGACAGUUACUGCCCCUCAGGGCCAGAGGUACCAGAGGCUGCUUUCCAGGACCCGCACGUGCCGCUUGACACCCAGACAGGGUCCAGGGGAGACACGGUGGAGGCCAUGGAGCUCCAAGAUUUGGAGUUUGAGGCAGCUGAGAGCAACCACGUCAGACGGGCGAGCUGAGUUGUGGGGAACGGAAGUACAACGGCCAAAGAUGGACUCCUCUCUAUUACUAAGCAGCUGACCUGGCCUGGCACAGCCCAGCCUUGCAUAGCACAGCCCGGCUCACUCCACCCAACCCCCCGGCCUCAAAAAGCGAAAGACUCGCCAGUGUUGCCAUCAUGGUCAUGGUGCUCAUUCUUACUGUAACCCAGUGGACUAUUGUCUUAGAUAUUAGAUUCUAUCUAUAUUUAAAAGAUGUAUACAUAUGUAAAUAUGAACAAAAAGUAGCUAUAAUUUUAGGAGCCGUACAACUCCUCAUGGUUACAGACUGGGGCUGCCAUUUUAUAUGGUGUGUGUGUGUGUGUGAGUGUGUGUGAGUGUGUGUGUGUGUGAGAGAGAGAAAGAGAGAGAGAGAUAGAUUUCUGAUUACUGUUCACUCAUCUGUGGAUCUGUGCCAUUAGGAAGCUUCAUCCAGACAAAAGUACCUGCCAGCACGCAACGUUGCUGCUCAAAAUAUAUUUUUAAAUGAUAUACAUUUAUAACUCUAUGCAAAUGUCUUUUUAAACAAAAGAAGUGAUCUGUCUACUUAUAUGUGUGUGUGGGUGUGUGUGUGUAUGUUUAUACAUGUGUUUGUUUGUGUGUGUGUGUGUGUACACGUGUUUGUGUAUGUGUGUAGGGUUCUAUGAUGUGAAACAGCCCCAUUGUUUUCUGCCUCCUACAUCAGAUUCAUCCUCAGAACAGACUAACGUUUACACUCAUUUAAAACAUGAGGGAAAUUGUUAGUCAUCAAAC